CAGCUCAGCAAAGGGCAGCGUGAUGAGCAGCGCCCAGCACAGCCACCCCAUCGCAGCUGUUACUAACAACAAACCCUCCCUCCCGGUUACUAUAAAAGGUGCAGCUCGGAGCCCCCCCCGUUCCCAGCCUUCGUCCUCCGAGCCCUUUGCUGUCGGAUCGAAGAACCUCUGCAGCAUGCGCGAGUGCAUUUCCGUCCACGUCGGCCAGGCCGGCGUGCAGAUCGGCAAUGCCUGCUGGGAGCUGUACUGUCUGGAGCAUGGCAUCCAGCCGGACGGGCAGAUGCCCAGCGACAAGACCAUUGGGGGAGGGGACGACUCCUUCAACACCUUCUUCAGCGAGACGGGCGCCGGGAAGCACGUCCCCAGAGCCGUCUUUGUGGACCUGGAACCCACAGUGAUUGACGAGGUUCGGACCGGCACUUACCGCCAGCUCUUCCAUCCAGAGCAGCUCAUCACCGGCAAGGAAGAUGCUGCCAAUAACUAUGCCCGCGGGCACUACACCAUUGGGAAGGAGAUCAUCGACCUGGUGCUGGACAGGAUCCGGAAGCUGUGGUGCUGGUGUGACUGCGCAUCCAAUGCUGAAGCCAUGCUGGUGCCACCAGAGCUCACACCAGCAUGCUCCUCGGUGAGCCGGGAGGCCGACCAGUGCACGGGGCUCCAGGGCUUCCUCAUCUUCCACAGCUUCGGGGGCGGCACCGGCUCCGGAUUCACUUCCCUGCUGAUGGAGCGUCUCUCCGUUGACUAUGGCAAGAAGUCCAAGCUGGAGUUCUCCAUCUACCCAGCGCCUCAGAUCUCCACCGCGGUGGUGGAGCCCUACAACUCCAUCCUGACGACCCACACCACCCUGGAGCACUCGGACUGCGCCUUCAUGGUCGACAACGAGGCCAUCUAUGACAUCUGCCGCAGGAACCUGGACAUCGAGCGCCCCACCUACACCAACCUCAACCGGCUAAUAGGUCAGAUUGUGUCCUCCAUCACCGCCUCCCUCCGAUUCGAUGGUGCCCUCAAUGUGGAUCUGACAGAGUUCCAGACCAACCUGGUGCCCUACCCCCGCAUUCACUUCCCGCUGGCCACCUACGCCCCCGUCAUCUCUGCAGAGAAGGCCUACCAUGAGCAGCUCUCUGUGGCUGAGAUCACAAACGCUUGCUUUGAGCCAGCCAACCAGAUGGUGAAGUGUGACCCCCGCCACGGGAAAUACAUGGCCUGCUGCCUCUUGUACCGCGGGGACGUGGUGCCCAAAGAUGUCAACGCUGCCAUUGCCACCAUCAAAACCAAGCGCAGCAUCCAGUUCGUAGACUGGUGCCCAACUGGCUUCAAGGUUGGCAUCAACUACCAGCCCCCGACGGUGGUUCCCGGCGGCGACCUGGCCAAGGUGCAGCGGGCCGUGUGCAUGCUGAGCAACACCACGGCCAUUGCCGAGGCCUGGGCUCGGCUGGACCACAAGUUUGACCUGAUGUAUGCCAAGCGGGCCUUCGUGCACUGGUACGUGGGAGAGGGCAUGGAGGAGGGGGAGUUCUCAGAGGCCCGGGAGGACAUGGCUGCCCUGGAGAAGGAUUACGAGGAGGUGGGGACAGACAGUGUGGAUGGAGAAGAAGAGGAAGAGGAAGGUGAUGAAUACUAGAGGGUAAAUGUCCUGUUUGGAUGGCUGGGAAUCAACCUGAUGUCUUCCUCACUGAUGCACUUGGGACGAUUGUCCACCUUAAAUAAAACAGUUCCUCCA